AUGGCUUCCGUAAAAUAUCUAUUUUAUAUUCUUCUUCUAUAUGGAACAAUUUCAUUAACAUUAACAACCAAACGUCGUCCAUUAGUAUUUGUUUUAUGUUUAAAAGGUUUUCGAUGGGAUUUACCAUAUUCAUAUUCACAUUUACCACAUUUUCGUCGUCUUGCAACAAUAGGUUCAAGAGCAUUAUGGGUUGAAUCAGAAUUUGGUGGUAGUCAAACAAAUAUUCUUAGUCUUAUGUCAGGUCUUCAUGUUGAACAUCAUGGACGACGUAAUUUUUUUGAAACAAUACCUGUUAUUAAUGAACAUGUUGGUGGUCAUACACGUUUAUUUCAUUGGCCAUGGUUUGAUCGUCAACGAAAUCAAUCAAUUCAUGAAUAUUUACGUUCAGGACGUAAAGGACAACCUGAAAUAAUUGAAACAUAUUUAAAUCAUGGUCGAAUGUCUUUACAACGUUUUAUAAAAUAUUUAACAUCAAUGAUAAAUAGUUUAAUUAAUGAUAAUGAUCGAACAAAUCUUGUCAUGAGUUUUAUUGAUGAACCAUUUACGACAUUAAUACGUCAUGGUAUACAGUCUGAUAGUAUACGUCGAACAAUGCUUAAUAUUGACCGUCUUAUUGGACGUUUAUUAUCUUUAACAAUAAAAAAAAAUAUUAAUGUAAUUAUUCUUGGUGAUCAUGGUAUUGAACAUAUUGAUUGUCGUCGAGCAAUUAAUUUAUAUAGUAUUAUAAAUCAACGUCAAUUAAAUCUUUAUACAGAUCAAUAUAGUGGUUCUAGUUUUAGUGUUGUAGUUUAUCCAAAAUCAGAUUUUACUCGACAAGUUUUACUGAAUCAAUUUAAAAAAAUUCCUAAUGAACAAAUACAAAUUUAUUCAAAUGAUCAAAAUCGUUUAUCACCAAAACUUCGAUUACCAUCAAUAAUUAAUAAACCAUCACCAAUUAUUAUAUUUGCUAAAGAAAAAUUUUAUUUUUCAUAUAAUACAGAACAGAAUCCAACUAAUUGUCAUAAAAAUAAUAAAAAUUGUCAACAAUCAACCAUAGCAGAUCAUAGUGAUGAUCCUCAUCAUCUUUCAAUGCGUACAGCAUUUUUUGCUUAUGGACCAUUAUUUAAAAAAGGUCAUAUAAAUGAACCUGUUCUUAUGACAGAUGUAUAUGCAUUAUUAAGACAAAUUCUUUGUCUUUCACCAUUUCCUUUAUCACGAGGAAAUUCAUUUCAUAUACAUAAUAUGCUUGAUUUAACAUCACUUUCAAAUACAUGUGCUCAUUUAUAUUUAUCAAGUCUUAAUAUGAUUAAAUCUGUUUCAAUACAAUCGAAUAAUCAAAAUAAUACAAUUAAUAAUGAUUUAACAUUAGUACGAAUAAAUAUUACAGAAAAAUAUCAAAUACCAUAUAAUCAGCUUAUAAAAAUGCGUAUUACUAUUAAUUAA